AUGCCGCGCAAGCAGCAAAAGGCAGCUGGCAGGGACGCAGGGCUGGAUGCUCCUGGGGAGCCCUCGGAGACGGCCGGCAGCAUUGCAGGCGUGUAUGUAGAGGCUUCAAAGAGGAUAAUGAGCUUCUAUGAGGCCACCAGAGAGCAUCUGCUGAGCCUGGAUUCAGCCCUGAGCCUCCUGGAGGCGCAGGCAGCCACGGGCUCCAUCUCCGACCCGCUGAGGAGCCGCCGUGUCCCCGUGGCAGAAGCCGUGAGGACGGGGCUGGUGGGGCUGGAGCUGAAGGAGAGGCUACUCUCGGCUGACAGGGCUGCUACUGGCUUCCUGGACCCCUACACUGACGAGAAAAUCUCCCUCUACCAGGCCAUGCAGAAGGAGCUGGUGGGGAGGGAGCAGGGCAUCCGCCUGCUCCAGGCCCAGCUGGCGACCGGAGGCGUCAUCGACCCGGCCACCGGCGGGCGGCUCCCGGCAGGGCUGGCCUGUGAGAGGGGGUAUCUGGACGAGGAGAUGAGCCAGCUCGCCUCCGGCCCCGGCAGUGAGGACAGCAGGGUGUUCCUUGACCCCAGCACCAUGGAGAAGGUCACCUACUCGGAGCUGAGGAAGAGGUGCGUCGUGGAUCCGGCCUCAGGCUUCCUGCUCCUGCCGCUGCAGGUCACAUUCCCGGGGCUGGGAGGGAGGGUGAGCAGCAGGGACCUGAUGGACUCUGGCAUCAUCAGCUCCGACGUGUUCCAGGGCCUUGAGGAGGGAAGAAUCUCUGCCCAGGAGGUGGCAGAGAAUGACAUUGUCCAGCACUUCCUGCGUGGGACGAGGAGUGUGGCUGGGGUUGUCCUGCCUUCUGGGGAGCAGAAGAGCCUUUACCAGGCACUGAGGGAGCAUCUCCUGGUGCCUGGUGCUGCUCUCGUGCUCCUGCAAGUCCAGGCCUCCAUGGGCAGCCUGACAGACCCCCUGAAGAAUAAAAGCUACUCCGUGGACGAGGCUGUCAGGGUUGGCCUCAUUGGCCCAGAGCUUUACGAGAAGCUGUCCUCAGCUGAGAAAGCCAUCACUGGGUACAGGGACCCGUCCACUGGAGAAAUGCUCUCCCUGUUCCAAGCCAUGGGGAAGGGCUUUGUUCCCAGGGACCAUGGCCUCUGCCUCCUGGAGGCUCAGCUGGCCACGGGCGGUGUCAUCGCCCCGGGCAGGCACCUCCGCGUCCCCAUGGAGACAGCCUGCGAGUGGGGGUACCUGGACGAGGCCACCAGGCAGCUCCUGUCCAGCCCUCCCGGUGACAUGAAGGGGUUCUUUGACCCCGGCUCCAAGGAGAAGCUGAGUUAUGCAGAGCUGCUCCAGCGCUGCGUCACCGACCCCAGCACGGGGCUGCUGCUACUGCCACUCCCUGGGGACAGCGGCGAAGGGUCCCAGGGGACACUCGGCUUCCUUGACCACAGGACCCAGACGGCUCUGGAAAACACGCAGGUGCCUGUUGCUGUGGGGAAAUUCAAGGGCAAGCCGGUGUCCCUGUGGAAACUGCUCUUCUCUGACUACAUCCAGGGCGAGCAAAGGGCUGCGCUGGCUCAGCAGUUCCUGGCAGGAGCGCUCUCCCUGCAAGGCCUGGGAGAGGCCGUCAGAGCCGCCGUUGAGGAAAAUGCUGCCACUGCUAACGUCACCUUCAAGGGCCUGAGGGAGCAGGUGACGGCUGACCAGCUUCUGAGCUCAGAAAUUAUCAACAAAGACUUGUUCAAGAAACUCAAGGAGGGAGAAACGUCGGCCAAGGAGGUGGUGGGCAUGGACACCGUCAGGAAGUACCUGCAGGGCACGGGCAGCAUCGGGGGGCUGCUACUCCCCGACUCCCAGGAGAAGAUCAGCAUCUACCAGGCAAAGCGCAAGGGACUCCUCAGGCCAGGAACGUCUCUGAUUCUCCUGGAGGCACAGGCUGCCACGGGGUUUGUCAUCGACCCCACUGCCAACAAGAGGUACUCCGUGGACGAGGCUUUACGAGCAAAUGUCAUCGGCCCGGAUGUGUACGAGAAGCUGCUGGCUGCGGAGAAAUCUGUCACUGGCUACCGAGAUCCUUACUCAGGGGCUAAGAUCUCCCUGUUCCAGGCCAUGCAGAAGGAGCUGAUUGUCAGGGACCACGGCAUCCGCCUGCUGGAGGCCCAGAUCGCCACCGGCGGCAUCAUCGACCCCGUCAACAGCCACCGUAUCCCCGUGGAGGUGGCCUACAAGCGUGGCUACUUCGACAAGAAGAUGAAUUUAAUCCUCUCAGACCCCAGCGACGACACCAAGGGCUUUUUUGACCCCAACACGCACGAGAACCUGACCUACCUGCAGCUGAAGGAGAAAUGCAUCACCGAGCCCUCCACAGGGCUCUGCCUCCUCCCUCUGAACAGCAGGAAGAGGCAGUUCGUGGACGAGGCCACAAGGCAGGUGUUCAGGAGCUCCUGGCUGCCCGUCAGGUUUGGGCGCUUGCGGGGGGAGAAGGUCUCGGUGUGGGACCUGCUGAACUCCGAGUACUUCAGCGAGGGCAGGCGCCGGGAGAUUUUCAACCACUUCCAGCUGAGGAAGCUCAGCCUGGAGCAAAUCCGGCUGAUGCUGGAGGAGGAGAUGAAGAAAUGGGCCCCCAUCAAGUUCCCGGCCAUGAGAGGCAACGUCAGCGCUUACCACCUGAUGGAAACCGGUGUCAUCGACAGGGCCCUGUUUGAGCAGGUGCUGGAGGGGUCGGUCACCCCAGAACAAGUCCUGCACAUGGACUCUGUCAGGAAGUACCUCUACGGCUCAGGCAGCAUCGGGGGGAUUGUGCUCCAGCCGUCCAACCAGAGAAUGAGCAUUUAUGAGGCCAUGAAGCAGAACAUCGUGGUGCCAGGAGUGGCCCUGCCCCUGUUGGAGGCCCAGGCUGCCACAGGCUUCAUUAUUGACCCCGUGAACAACCAGAAGCUCUGCGUGGAUGAGGCCGUCAAGGAGGGAGUCAUUGGGCCAGAUGUCCACGAGAAGCUGCAGCAGGCGGAGGGGGCCGUGACGGGCUAUAAAGAUCCUUUCACGGGCAAGAAGAUCCCUCUUUUCCAGGCCAUGAAGAAGGGGCUGAUCGCGGACAAGCAGGCCAUGCAGCUGAUGGAGGUGCAGAUGGCCACGGGAGGCAUCAUCGACCCAACGUGCGGCCACCACAUCCCCCUGGAGGCGGCCCAGCAGCGAGGCUGCCUGGAUGAGGACACCAGCAAGGCCCUCUCCAAGCCCAGCGGUGACCACAGAGUGUUCUGCCUCCCGGACAGCAGAGAGAGCGUGACCUAUGCCGAGCUCAUCCAGCACUGCCAGAAGGACGACGUCUCUGGCUUCCACUUGCUGCCUCUGGCACAGGCAGCUGCUCCUGCCUACACCGACGAGCAAAUCCAACGGAUCUUCAAGGAAACCAUGGUGAAGGAAAAAGGAGUCUCCCUCUGGGAGCUCGUGCACUCGGGGUAUUUCACCGAGGAGCAGAGGAGAGAUUUCAUGGAGAGGUUCCGGUCGGAGGAGCUGUCGCUGGAGCAGCUGGUGGCUCUGGUGCUCAGGCUGGUGGGGGAGAUGGAGAUGAAAGCCAGGACCCAGAUCUCCCUGGAAGGCCUGAGGGGCAGUGUCCCUGUGGUCUGGCUGCUGGACACCGGCAUCAUUUCCCAGAAGACGUUUGAAGAACUGGCUCAGGGUGUAAGGACUCCCGAAGAAGUGGCUGAAAUGGAGAGCGUAAAGAGGUACUUGAAGGGCACGGGCAGCAUUGCUGGGGUCUUCAUAGAGGCAUCCAAACAGAAGAUGAGCUUCUAUGAAGCCAUGAAAAACAACCUCCUCCUCCCUGGGGCUGCUCUGAGGCUGCUGGAGGCUCAGGCAGCCACAGGGUACCUGACUGACCCUGCCACAAACCGGAGGCUCAGCGUGAGAGACGCCGUGAGAGCGGCCGUUGUUGGAGAGGAGCUGUCUGAGAAACUCCUCCAGGCUGAGAGGGCUGUGACGGGCUACACAGACCCCUACACCGGGGGCUCCAUCUCCCUGUGCCAAGCGCUCAGAAAGGAGCUCGUCCCCCUGGCAGAGGCCGUGCCCUUGCUGGAGGCCCAGCUGGCCACAGGAGGGGUGGUUGAUCCCAUCCACCACCUCCACCUGCCGCUCCAGGCUGCCUGCAGGUACGGCUUCUACGACGAGGACCUGAACCAAACCCUCUCCCAGCUGGAUGACAGCACCAAGAGCUUUUUUGACCCAAACACCAAGGAGAACGUGACCUACCAGCAGCUGAAGGAUCGGUGCGUUCGUGAUGCUGAGUCGGGUCUGUGGCUCCUCCCUCUGUCGGAAAACGCGAUGUUCUGCGUGGACGAACAGACCAUGAAAGUGCUGAAAUCUGUGACUGUUUGUGUCAACGUGGGGCGGUUCAAAGGACAGACCGUGUCUGUCUGGGACCUCCUCAACUCUGAGUACUUCUCAGACAGCCAGAGAAGAGAGCUGGUGCAAAAGUACAAGGAUGAGAAGGCUGAAGUGCUGCAGGAAAUCACCACAAUUAUCACCACAAUCAUCCAAGAGACUGAGGCAAAAGGCAAGAAGUUCGCAUUCAAGGGCCUGAGGAAAAGAGUUUCCGCCAGUGACCUCUUCCAGUCCCAGCUGAUCGACAAAAAAACCCUCGAUGAGCUCAACCAGGGGAAGAAAACAGUCAAGGAAGUGACUGAAAUGGAGUCCGUCCGCAGGUACCUGGAGGGCAGUAAUUUCAUAGCAGGGGUCCUUAUCCAGCCAAGCAAUGAGAAGAUGAGCAUCUACCAGGCCAUGUGGAAGGGCAUCCUGAGGCCAGGGACCGCCCUGGUGCUGCUGGAGGCACAGGCAGCCACCGGCUACAUCAUCGACCCUGAGAAAAACAAGAAGUUUUCGGUGGAGGAAGCGUUGGAGGCGGGUCUGAUUGGAGGGGAGAUUUUUGAAAAGCUGCUCUGUGCAGAGAGAGCCGUGACGGGCUACACAGACCCCUACACCAAAGCCCCCAUGUCCCUGUUUGAAGCCAUGAACCAAGGGCUGAUUGUGAAGAGCCACGGCAUCCGCCUGCUGGAGGCCCAGAUCGCCACCGGCGGCAUCAUCGACCCCGUGCACAGCCACCGUGUCCCCGUGGAGGUGGCCUACAAGCGCGGCUACUUCAACCAGGAGAUGAACCAGAUCCUCUCAGACCCCAGUGAUGACACCAAGGGCUUCUUCGACCCUAACACGCACGAGAACCUCACGUAUAUGCAGCUCCUGGAGAGAUGCGUCCAAGACCCGGACACGGGGCUGUACAUGCUGCAGGUUGUAAAGGAGGGAGGAAAGUAUUUCUACAUUGAUGAGUCCACAAAGCAGGCUUUGCGCUCAAAGCCCCUUCAAGUGAAAGUUGGAAAGUUUAAGGACCAAACCGUUUCUGUCUGGGAAGUUCUCUGCUCUCACUACUUCUCGGAGCAGAAGAGGAAAGAGCUGGUGAUGCAGUACAAAAGCAAAAACCUAGCGCUGGAAGAGCUGAUAUCCCUCAUCUUAAAAAUCAUCGAGGACACAGAGCGAAGAGGAGAAGCCCUCAAGGUCAAAGGACUGCGGGGCGAGGUGUCGGUGUCAGAGUUGUUCAACUCUGAGAUAAUUGACAAGAAAACUCUGGAUCAGCUGCAGGACGGGAGUCUCACCCUUGCCAGCCUCACAAAGAGGGACACCAUCCAAAGGUACCUGGACGGCACCGGGUGCAUCGCCGGGGUUCUCCUCCCGCUGAGAAAAGAGGUGAUGAGCAUCUACCAGGCCCUGAAGAAAGGCCUCCUCACAGAGCAGUGUGCCCUGGGGCUGCUGGAGGCACAGGCGGCCACCGGCUUCCUGCUGGACCCCCGGAGCCACCAGAAGCUCUCUGUGGACGAGGCUGUGUCCUCUGGGCUGGUGGGCAGCGAGCUGCGCGAGCAGCUGCUGUCGGCAGAGAAAGCCGUGACGGGAUACACAGACCCCCAAACAGGAAAUAAAAUAUCUCUCUUCCAGGCUGUGAGACAGAAGGUAAUAGUCAGGGAUCAGGGCAUCCGCCUGCUCGAGGCCCAGCUCGCCACUGGUGGCAUCGUUGACCCCUGGCAUGGCCACCGCCUGCCCCUGGAGGUGGCCUACAAGCGUGGGCACCUGGACGAGGACACGUUCCUCCUGCUUUCGGAUCCAGAUCACGGCAGCAAAGGCUUCAUAGAUCCCAACACUCGCGAGAAGAUCAGUUACAGCCAGCUCCUGCAGAGGUGUGCCAAGGACAGGGAGAGCGGCUUGUACCUGCUGCAGGUCCUGGAAAAGGAAGGCGACUAUUUCUACAUUGAUGAGCAAACCAAAAACGCCCUGUUGUGCACCAAGGUCCAGGUGCCUGUGGGGAAAUACAAGGGACAGGUGUUAUCGCUGUGGGAGCUCCUCUGCUCCGAGUACAUCACAGAGGAGAAGAGAAAAGAACUGGUGAAAAAGUACAAGGUGGAAUCGCAACACAUUGUGCAGGGAAUCAUUGAGACAAUACUAAAGAUCAUCAGGGAAAAAGAAGAGGACAGAAGCGAUGUCUGGUUCCAGGGAAUCCGACAGCAGAUCACAGCAUCAGAACUGCUCAGUGCACAAAUAAUUACAGAGGAAACAAUAGAAAAACUCCAGAAAGGAAAAGAGACAGCACAAGAAAUAGCAAAAAUGGACAGUGUGAGGAGGUACCUUGAGGGAACUGGAAGCAUCGCUGGCGUGCUGGUGCCCUCCAAGACUGAGCCAGGCAAGAUGGAGAAGAUGAGCAUCUACCAGGCCAUGUGGAAGGGCAUCCUGAGGCAGGGCACGGCGCUGGUGCUGCUGGAGGCCCAGGCGGCCACCGGCUUCAUUGUUGAUCCAGUGAACAACCAGAAGCUCUCAGUGGACGAGGCCGUGUCCUCUGGGCUGGUGGGCAGCGAACUGAAAAACAAACUUCUAAGCGCUGAGAGAGCUGUGACGGGCUACACCCACCCCUACACGGGACAAAAGAUGAGUCUGUUCCAGGCCAUGAAGCAGGAUCUUAUCGUCAGGGACCACGGCAUCCGCCUGCUGGAGGCCCAGAUCGCCACCGGCGGCAUCAUCGACCCCGUGCACAGCCACCGCCUGCCCGUGGAGGUGGCCUACAAGCGUGGCUACUUCGACCAGGAGAUGAGCCAGAUCCUGUCCGACCCCGGCGACGACACCAAGGGCUUCUUCGACCCCAACACGCACGAGAACCUGACCUACCUGCAGCUGCUGCGCCGCUGCGUGCCCGACCCGGACACGGGGCUGCUGAUGCUGCAGCUGAUGGACAAGGGCUCCGCGCUCUACCAGCUGAGCGAGGAUGCCCGCAGAGCCCUGCAGGCCGCCCGCACCACGCUGGCUGUGGGGCUCUUCCAGGGCCAGAGCGUCACUGUCUGGGAGCUCCUCUUCUCCCGCUACGUCCCUGAGCACCGGCGCCAGGAGCUCCUGCGCCAGUACAAGGCGGGGACAGUCACCAUUGCGCAGAUGAUCGACCUCCUCACGGCCAUUGUCACCAGGGCUGAGGCCCAGGGCCACAGUGCCAACGGGGCCCCCAAGUCCACAGAAAUGGAGAUCCUGCCUGAACCCAUCCAGAACGGCAGCGAGCAAGAGCAGGAGCUGGAGCGGUCCCUCAAAUCCCAGACGGUGGAGGUCUCAGCAGGCGGCUUCCACGGCCGGAAGGUGUCUCUGUGGGAGCUGCUCUUCUCCAAGUGGGUGUCAGAGGUCAAGCGCCAGGAGCUGCUGGGGCGGCUGCGGGCCAGGAGCUUGGCGCUGGCUGAGCUGGCCACGCUGCUCACCCUCCUGGUGGAGGAGGCGGCGCAGCGCGGCAGCAGCGUGAAAUUCACGGGCCUCAGGAGGCAGGUGAGUGCCUCGGACCUGCUGGACUCGGGCAUCAUCGACACGGGCACGCUGGCCGAGCUGGUGCAGGGCGCCAGGACGGUGCAGGAGGUGACGCAGAUGGCCUCGGUCAAGCGCUACCUGGACGGCACGGGCGUCAUCGCCGGCGUGCUGGUGCCCUCCAAGGCCGACCCAAGCAAGAUGGAGAAGAUGAGCAUCUACCAGGCCAUGUGGAAGGGCAUCCUGAGGCAGGGCACGGCGCUGGUGCUGCUGGAGGCCCAGGCGGCCACCGGCUUCCUGGUGGACCCGGUCAAGAACCAGAAGCUCUCCGUGGACGAGGCCGUGUCCUCUGGGCUGGUGGGCAGCGAGCUGCACGAGAAGCUGCUGUCGGCGGAGAGGGCCGUGACGGGCUACUCCGACCCCUACACGGGGGACAAGAUCUCCCUGUUCCAGGCCAUGAAGAAGGAGCUGAUCGUCAGGGACCACGGCAUCCGCCUGCUGGAGGCCCAGAUCGCCACCGGCGGCAUCAUCGACCCCGUGCACAGCCACCGCCUGCCCGUGGAGGUGGCCUACAAGCGUGGCUACUUCGACCAGGAGAUGAGCCAGAUCCUGUCCGACCCCGGUGACGACACCAAGGGCUUCUUCGACCCCAACACGCACGAGAACCUGACCUACCUGCAGCUGCUGCGCCGCUGCGUGCCCGACCCGGACACGGGGCUGCUGAUGCUGCAGCUGAUGGACAAGGGCUCCGCGCUCUACCAGCUGAGCGAGGAUGCCCGCAGAGCCCUGCAGGCCGCCCGCACCACGCUGGCCGUGGGGCUCUUCCAGGGCCAGAGCGUCACCGUCUGGGAGCUCCUCUUCUCCCGCUACGUCCCUGAGCACCGGCGCCAGGAGCUCCUGCGCCAGUACAAGGCGGGGACAGUCACCAUUGCGCAGAUGAUCGACCUCCUCACGGCCAUCGUCACCAGGGCUGAGGCCCAGGGCCACGGUGCCAACGGGGCCCCCAAGUCCACAGAAAUGGAGAUCCUGCCUGAACCCAUCCAGAACGGCAGCGAGCAGGAGCUGGAGCAGUCCCUCAAGUCCCAGACGGUGGAGGUCUCGGCAGGCGGCUUCCACGGCAGGAAGGUGUCCCUGUGGGAGCUGCUCUUCUCCAAGUGGGUGUCAGAGGCCAAGCGCCAGGAGCUGCUGGGGCGGCUGCGGGCCGGGAGCUUGGCGCUGGCCGAGCUGGCCACGCUGCUCACCCUCCUGGUGGAGGAGGCGGCGCAGCGCGGCAGCAGCGUGAAAUUCACGGGCCUCAGGAGGCAGGUGAGCGCCUCGGACCUGCUGGACUCGGGCAUCAUCGACACGGGCACGCUGGCCGAGCUGGUGCAGGGCGCCAGGACGGUGCAGGAGGUGACGCAGAUGGCCUCGGUCAAGCGCUACCUGGACGGCACGGGCGUCAUCGCCGGCGUGCUGGUGCCCUCCAAGGCCGACCCAAGCAAGAUGGAGAAGAUGAGCAUCUACCAGGCCAUGUGGAAGGGCAUCCUGAGGCAGGGCACGGCGCUGGUGCUGCUGGAGGCCCAGGCGGCCACCGGCUUCCUGGUGGACCCGGUCAAGAACCAGAAGCUCUCCGUGGACGAGGCCGUGUCCUCUGGGCUGGUGGGCAGCGAGCUGCACGAGAAGCUGCUGUCGGCGGAGAGGGCCGUGACGGGCUACUCCGACCCCUACACGGGGGACAAGAUCUCCCUGUUCCAGGCCAUGAAGAAGGAGCUGAUCGUCAGGGACCACGGCAUCCGCCUGCUGGAGGCCCAGAUCGCCACCGGCGGCAUCAUCGACCCCGUGCACAGCCACCGCCUGCCCGUGGAGGUGGCCUACAAGCGUGGCUACUUCGACCAGGAGAUGAGCCAGAUCCUGUCCGACCCCGGUGACGACACCAAGGGCUUCUUUGACCCCAACACGCACGAGAACCUGACCUACCUGCAGCUGCUGCGCCGCUGCGUGCCCGACCCGGACACGGGGCUGCUGAUGCUGCAGCUGAUGGACAAGGGCUCCGCGCUCUACCAGCUGAGCGAGGAUGCCCGCAGAGCCCUGCAGGCCGCCCGCACCACGCUGGCCGUGGGGCUCUUCCAGGGCCAGAGCGUCACCGUCUGGGAGCUCCUCUUCUCCCGCUACGUCCCUGAGCACCGGCGCCAGGAGCUCCUGCGCCAGUACAAGGCGGGGACAGUCACCAUUGCGCAGAUGAUCGACCUCCUCACGGCCAUCGUCACCAGGGCUGAGGCCCAGGGCCACGGUGCCAACGGGGCCCCCAAGUCCACAGAAAAGGAGAUCCUGCCUGAACCCAUCCAGAACGGCAGCGAGCAAGAGCAGGAGCUGGAGCGGUCCCUCAAGUCCCAGACGGUGGAGGUCUCGGCAGGCGGCUUCCACGGCAGGAAGGUGUCCCUGUGGGAGCUGCUCUUCUCCAAGUGGGUGUCAGAGGCCAAGCGCCAGGAGCUGCUGGGGCGGCUGUGGGCCGGGAGCUUGGCGCUGGCCGAGCUGGCCACGCUGCUCACCCUCCUGGUGGAGGAGGCAGCGCAGCGCGGCAGCAGCGUGAAAUUCACGGGCCUCAGGAGGCAGGUGAGUGCCUCGGACCUGCUGGACUCGGGCAUCAUCGACACGGGCACGCUGGCCGAGCUGGUGCAGGGCGCCAGGACGGUGCAGGAGGUGACGCAGAUGGCCUCGGUCAAGCGCUACCUGGAUGGCACGGGCGUCAUCGCCGGCGUGCUGGUGCCCUCCAAGGCCGACCCAAGCAAGAUGGAGAAGAUGAGCAUCUACCAGGCCAUGUGGAAGGGCAUCCUGAGGCAGGGCACGGCGCUGGUGCUGCUGGAAGCCCAGGCGGCCACCGGCUUCCUGGUGGACCCGGUCAAGAACCAGAAGCUCUCCGUGGACGAGGCCGUGUCCUCUGGGCUGGUGGGCAGCGAGCUGCACGAGAAGCUGCUGUCGGCGGAGAGGGCCGUGACGGGCUACUCUGACCCCUACACGGGGGACAAGAUCUCCCUGUUCCAGGCCAUGAAGAAGGAGCUGAUCGUCAGGGACCACGGCAUCCGCCUGCUGGAGGCCCAGAUCGCCACCGGCGGCAUCAUCGACCCCGUGCACAGCCACCGCCUGCCCGUGGAGGUGGCCUACAAGCGUGGCUACUUCGACCAGGAGAUGAGCCAGAUCCUGUCCAACCCCGGCGAUGACACCAAGGGCUUCUUUGACCCCAACACGCACGAGAACCUGACCUACCUGCAGCUGCUGCGCCGCUGCGUGCCCGACCCGGACACGGGGCUGCUGAUGCUGCAGCUGAUGGACAAGGGCUCCGUGCUCUACCAGCUGAGCGAGGAUGCCCGCAGAGCCCUGCAGGCCGCCCGCACCACGCUGGCCGUGGGGCUCUUCCAGGGCCAGAGCGUCACCGUCUGGGAGCUCCUCUUCUCCCGCUACGUCCCUGAGCACCAGCGACAGGAGCUCCUGCGCCAGUACAAGGCGGGGACAGUCACCAUUGCGCAGAUGAUCGACCUCCUCAUGGCCAUCGUCACCAGGGCUGAGGCCCAGGGCCACGGUGCCAACGGGGCCCCCAAGUCCACAGAAAAGGAGAUCCUGCCUGAACCCAUCCAGAACGGCAGCGCCUCAAACUCCCAGAAGGAAGAGAAACAGAAACAGGAACAGGAGCAGGAGCUGGAGCGGUCCCUCAAGUCCCAGAUGGUGGAGGUCUCGGCAGGCGGCUUCCACGGCAGGAAGGUGUCCCUGUGGGAGCUGCUCUUCUCCAAGUGGGUGUCAGAGGCCAAGCGCCAGGAGCUGCUGGGGCGGCUGCGGGCCGGGAGCUUGGCGCUGGCCGAGCUGGCCACGCUGCUCACCCUCCUGGUGGAGGAGGCGGCGCAGCGCGGCAGCAGCGUGAAAUUCACGGGCCUCAGGAGGCAGGUGAGUGCCUCGGACCUGCUGGACUCGGGCAUCAUCGACACGGGCACGCUGGCCGAGCUGGUGCAGGGCGCCAGGACGGUGCAGGAGGUGACGCAGAUGGCCUCGGUCAAGCGCUACCUGGAUGGCACGGGCGUCAUCGCCGGCGUGCUGGUGCCCUCCAAGGCCGACCCAAGCAAGAUGGAGAAGAUGAGCAUCUACCAGGCCAUGUGGAAGGGCAUCCUGAGGCAGGGCACGGCGCUGGUGCUGCUGGAGGCCCAGGCGGCCACCGGCUUCCUGGUGGACCCGGUCAAGAACCAGAAGCUCUCCGUGGACGAGGCCGUGUCCUCUGGGCUGGUGGGCAGCGAGCUGCACGAGAAGCUGCUGUCGGCGGAGAGGGCCGUGACGGGCUACUCCGACCCCUACACGGGGGACAAGAUCUCCCUGUUCCAGGCCAUGAAGAAGGAGCUGAUCGUCAGGGACCACGGCAUCCGCCUGCUGGAGGCCCAGAUCGCCACCGGCGGCAUCAUCGACCCCGUGCACAGCCACCGCCUGCCCGUGGAGGUGGCCUACAAGCGUGGCUACUUCGACCAGGAGAUGAGCCAGAUCCUGUCCGACCCCGGCGACGACACCAAGGGCUUCUUUGACCCCAACACGCACGAGAACCUGACCUACCUGCAGCUGCUGCGCCGCUGCGUGCCCGACCCGGACACGGGCCUUUAUUUCCUCAAUAUUGUGACAGAAACGCUGGCAGUACCUGUCGGGCAGGUGACAGAAACACCGCCGGUACCUGCUGAGCAGGUGACAGAAACACCACCGGUACCUGCUGAGCUGGUGACAGAAACACCAUGGGUACCUGCUGAGCAGGUGACAGAAACACCACUGGUGACAGAAACACCACUGGUACCUGCUGAGCUGGUGACAGAAACACCGCAGGUACCUGCCCAGCAGGUGACAGAAACACCACCGGUACCUGCUGGGCAGGUGACAGAAACACCGCAGGUACCUGCCCAGCAGGUGACAGAAACACCACCGGUACCUGCUGAGCUGGUGACAGAAACACCACCUGUACCUGUCGGGCAGGUGACAGAAACACCACUGACCCUCCGAGCACCCCGCAGGAGCAGGAUUGAGAGGAAGAUGAGGAACAUGAGUGGACGCUCCCAGAACGGUGAGCACAGAGAGACGGGCAGGGACGGCAGCAGCUUCAUCGCCGGAGUCUUCCUCCAGGCCAAGGGGAAGAAACUGAGCAUCCACGAGGCCAUGGUGAGGGGGCUGCUGAGCCCGGGCACGGCGCUGGUGCUGCUGGAGGCGCAGGCGGCCUCGGGGCUGCUCACGGACCCCGGCAGUGCCGCGCGGCUCUCGGUGGCAGAGGCGCUGGCUCGGGGGCUCGUGGGCCACGACUUCUACGAGAAGCUGCUGUCGGCCGAGGGAGCCGUGACGGGGUACACGGAGCCCUACACGGGCCGCAGGAUCUCCCUGUUCCAGGCCAUGCAGAAAGGGCUCAUCGUCAGGGACCACGGCAUCCGCCUGCUGGAGGCCCAGAUCGCCACCGGCGGCAUCAUCGACCCCGUGCACAGCCACCGCCUGCCCGUGGAGGUGGCCUACAAGCGUGGCUACUUUGACCAGGAGAUGAGCCAGAUCCUCUCCGACCCCGAGAAUCAAACCAGGACUUGCUUCGACCCCAACACGCACGAGAACCUGACCUACCUGCAGCUGCUGCGCCGCUGCGUGCCCGACCCGGACACGGGGCUGCUGAUGCUGCAGCUGAUGGACAAGGGCUCCGCACUCCACCAGCUGAGCGAGGAUGCCCGCAGAGCCCUGCAGGCCGCCCGCACCACGCUGGCUGUGGGGCUCUUCCAGGGCCAGAGCGUCACCGUCUGGGAGCUCCUCUUCUCCCGCUACGUCCCUGAGCACCGGAGAGAGGAGCUGCUGAGGAGAUACAAGGCAGGGGCAGUGAGCAUUGCAGAGAUGAUCGACGUCCUCACCGCCACCGUCACAGCGGCAGAAAGGGACAAUGGGGCUCUGGGCUCAUCCACAGCCAAGCCCAACAGUGAGGUGAAGGCGUCACCUCCAGCUCAGGACACGCAGGCCCAGGAGCAGCAGCUGAGGAAGUCCCUCAAGUCCAUGACGGUCCAUGUCACUGCUGGGGAGUUCCGGGGGCAGAAGGUUUCUGUGCUGGACCUGCUCUUCUCCAGAUACGUCCCUCAGGGGAGGCGGCAGGAACUGCUGGAGCUGUACAGGGCAGGGAUACUGAGCACAGAGCAGGUGGGCGCCGUGGUCACCACCAUGGUGAACCGGGCGGAGGCCGCAAACGCCGCACGGGUGGCGAAGGCCAGGGGCACACACAGGGCAGAGGCAGCGGCACAGGAGGAUGGAGAGGAUUGUUCAGAACACCUGGAUGAGGCCCUGAGGUCCACCAGCAUCAGUGUGCCUGCUGGAGAGCUGCAGGGACAGCAGGUGUCUCUGUGGGACCUGAUCUUCUCUGAUUACAUCCCCGAGGAGAAGAGGGAGGAGCUGCUGGAGCUGUACCACGAAAGGUUAUUAACUCUGGAGCACAUGACAACUGUUGUCAGCACUCUGAUUAGGAAAAAAGAAUCUGCAGGCAGGAAAUUGCACAUUACAGUCAAGAGUUCCAACAAGGAUCCUGAGGCAGCAGCAGGAGAGGAACGUGAUGAGAAACCCCCCAAAGAGGAGCCCUGGAAAACAACCCUGAAAACCACAAUGGUCCACAUGGAGGCUGCGGAGUUCCGGGGCCGCGAGGUCUCGCUGUGGGACCUGCUGCACUCCCGCUACAUCCCCGAGGAGAACAGGAGGGAGCUGAUGGCAGCAGCAGAGAGAGCAGAGCCCGUGAGUGGUCCCAGGGCAGAGGCGGUAGCUGCAGAGGCUGAACCCACACCCCUGGAUGGGGACAGAACCUGGGAGGAGACCCUGAAGGCCACCAGAGCCGAGGUGUCCGUGGGGGAGUUCCAGGGUGGAGAGACCUCCCUGUGGGACCUGCUCUUCUCUGACCACAUCCCCGAGGAGAAGCGUCAGGAGCUGCUGGAGCUGUACCGUGGGGGGACCCUGCCCUUGGAGCAGUUAAUCCUUGUUGUCACCACUCUCAUCAAGAAAAAGGAAUCUGCAGGCAGGAGAUUUGACAUUUCAGUCAAGAGUUCCAACAAGGACCCCGAGAAAGCAGCAGGAGAGGAAAGUGACCACCAUCCCAAGGAGGAACCCUGGAAAACAACCCUGAAAACCACAAUGGUCCACGUGGAGGCUGCGGAGUUCCAGGGCCGCGAGGUCUCGCUGUGGGACCUGCUGCACUCCCACUACAUCCCCGAGGAGAACAGGAGGGAACUGCUGGAGCUCUACGAGGCAGGAGAGCUGAGCCUGGAGCAGGUGAGGACCGUUGUCACCACCAUUGUCACCAGGAUGGCAGCAGCGGAGAGAGCAGAGCCCGUGAGUGGUUCCAGGGCAGAGCCGGUGGCCACAGAGGCUGAACCCAUAGUCCUGGAUGGGGAUAGAACGUGGGAGGAGACCCUGAAGGCCACCAGAGCCGAGGUGUCUGUGGGGGAGUUCCAGGGCGGAGAGACCUCCCUGUGGGACCUGCUCUUCUCCGACCACAUCCCCGAGGAGAAGCGUCAGGAGCUGCUGGAGCUGUACCGUGGGGGGACCCUGCCCUUGGAGCAGUUAAUCCUUGUUGUCACCACUCUCAUCAAGAAAAAGGAAUCUGCAGGCAGGAAAUUCCAAAUUUCAGUCAAGAGUUCCAACAAGGACCCCGAGACAGCAGCAGGAGAGGAACGUGAUGAGAAACCCCCCAAAGAGGAGCCCUGGAAAACAACCCUGAAAACCACAAUGGUCCACGUGGAGGCUGCGGAGUUCCGGGGCCGCGAGGUCUCGCUGUGGGACCUGCUGCACUCCCGCUACAUCCCCGAGGAGAACAGGAGGGAGCUGAUGGCAGCAGCGGAGAGAGCAGAGCCCGUGAGUGGUUCCAGGGCAGAGCCGGUGGCCACAGAGGCUGAACCCACAGCCGUGGAUGGGGAUGGGGCCUGGGAGGAGACCCUGAAGGCCACCAGAGCUGAGGUGUCAGUGGGAGAGUUCCAAGGCAGGCAGGUGUCCCUGUGGGACCUGCUCUUCUCUGACCACAUCCCCGAGGAGAAGCGUCAGGAGCUGCUGGAGCUCGACAGCCUGGAGCAGCACCUCAGGGCCCUCCCCGCUCACACCAUGGACCUGCUGCGCUCUGAGGGCUCCUACAUCACCUGUGACCCGUCCCAGCAGCGCCGGGUGUCCGUGUGGGAGCUGCUCUCCUCCAAGCAGGUCUCCGAGUACAAGCGGGAGGCGUGCCUGGACACCUACCCCUCGGGAGGGCUGACGGUGAACAGGAUCACCAUCACCACCACCGUCACCACCGGGCCCCGGCUGGAGCAGAGCCACCCCCGGCACCACUGA